CUGCAGCAGCACGUGGCGUUCUGGGACCCCGACAGGGACGGCGUGAUCUGGCCGGGGGACACCUUCCGCGGCUUCAGGCGCCUGGGCUUCAACCUCUUCGUCUCCUCCCUGGCUGUGCCCGUCAUCCAUGGCACAUUCGCCUACUGGUCCUCGCCCUCCUGGAUCCCAGACCCCAUGAUGCGCAUCCACGUGAGCCGACAGCGCCUGCAAGGCCGGACCAAGCACGGCAGCGACUCAGAGACGUACGACACCGAGGGGCGCUUUGUGCCGCAAAAGUUUGAGGAGAUCUUCUCCAAGUACGACACCGACAACAAGGGAGGCCUGACCCUGAGCGAUGUGAACGAGAUGGUGCGCGGCAACCGCAACAUCAUGGACCCGGUGGGCUGGAUCGCCGAAUGGCUGGAGUGGAACACCUCCUUCUACCUCGCAGCCAAGGACACGCCCCAGGGGCGGAUGCUCCUCAAGGACGACGCCCGCGCCCUCAUCGACGGCACCAUGUUC